AUGCGUUUUGAGAUUUUGCGAUCGGCUGUCGGGGACGGGACAGCAGCAAGGCUGGGGCGGUUGGCAUUUCCACAGCGCACACCCAUCGAGACUCCCAACUUCUUCGCAGUGACCUCGCGUGGGGUGGUUCCUCAUAUCACUCCCGAUAAUGUUGCCAAGUAUGGCCACUUCGGAGGUGCCUACAUGGCUCUGGAGGAUUUCAAUGGACGGUCUCAGAAGGAUCCAAAGAGCGUAGCCCCUAUCUUCUCAACGAAACCAGAGCCAGAUCGCAGGUUGCUUCACACAUUCACAUCUCAGUCAUCCUCGCUCGUCACCGUGCUUGGACCUAGACGGAUACCAGCUGUAAAGCCUGCAGUGGGAAACGGUCAUAACUUUAUCAACAUAUUCGCAUCCACUGGUUUUCAGAAUCUAACGAUUGAGGAGUACAUUUCAAACACAAAGACCCUAAGGCCUGAUAUCGCAAUUCCUCUGGCAGACAUCAUCUAUGGGGCUACGAGAACAGCCCAGUCUAGUCGCGCAGUCCGUCAGGCUGAGCGGACCGAAGAUUGGAUGUAUGAAUGGACGAGGGCUUUUGAAGACGACACUAAACCUUCUGACAUUGCAGUGUUCGCCCCAACACUGCCUGUUCCAUACCCCGUUCAGUGGGAAUACCUAAAUCGUGUAUCUAGCGAUUUCAUAGGCAGCAUCUCUGGCCUUGCCAUCUACGAUGUAGACAUCAUCCCUGACCUCAAGGACUACCCGUCUCUCCUCCCACUCCCACGCUUAUCCCUCGACUUGCCUAAUUCACCGCACCAAAUACUACGACAGAUCGCCCUUGGAGUCGACGUAAUCCUUCCCCCUUUCAUCAACACCAUUUCCGACGCAGGUGUCGCCCUCGCCUUUACCUUUCCCCCGCCAAGCUCAGCGAACGGUAUGCUGCCCCUGGGCGACGACAUGACCUCGCCCGACAACGAGGCUGCCCUCCAGCCACUGCGCGAAGGCUGCUCCUGCUACGCCUGCAAAAAGCACCAUCGCGCCUAUCUGAACCACCUCCUGAACGCGCGGGAGAUGCUUGCCUGGACACUGUUGCAGGUACACAACCACCAGGUCCUAGCGGACUUCUUCGCCGACAUCCGGGCGUCGCUUGCCCGCGGACCGGAGGCGUUUGAGGAAGACUGCAGACGCUUCGCGAUGGUGUACGAGCCGGACCUCCCCGCCGGGAUGGGCCAGAGGCCGCGUGCCAGGGGCUAUCACUUCAAGAGCGAGGCCAGCGACGAGAAGAUAAACAAGCCUGCAUGGGGUAAAUUCGGCGGCGAAGUUGACACGGCGGCGCCAAGUCUGCCGGGAGUGCCCAGAGAUAUGACAGAGACGCCACUGAUACCGGAUGAGGAUUCAAAGGCGUUAGAGAAGGAAGGCUUUGCUGAGAUAGAUCGAAAAGGGCCGUGA